AUGACAUCGCGUCCUCAGCAAUCCACGGAACUCCCCGCGACCGCGCCCAUGGUUUCCCACCCUGAGGCCGCGGGCCGUGCCAGAACCGUCCGCGCUGCCCCGUCCCUGACCUCCGCUCGCUAUCCUCAUCUCCAGCACCGUCGUCGCUUCAGUGGAGGCCGCUCGCACCACGGCGGCUCCUCCACCAACCAGCCUCCCAACGAGUUCCCCAUCUUCUCCGUCACCGGCGACGUGGAGCUUGUCAUCCGGGCGUCGAAUCAGGAGAGGAAGUACCUGCUGCACAGGCUGAUAUUGGCGCAGAACUCCGGCUUCUUCGAGGCCGAUACCAGCGAGGAAUGGUCCGGGGUGCAGGCCCAGCGCGAAGCUGCCGUCUCUACGAGCUCAGUUGGACCUCUGCCGGGGCACGUCCCCGACGGGCUGGAGGCCAUCCAGGAGAGUGAUCAGGAGUCGCGUGCUUCGCCUCCUAGCGCCCCAAAGAAGAAUCGCUGGAGGUAUGAAUUGGAUUGGGAGAAUAGGGAGCAGGAUGAGAUGCCAAUUCUCGUGCAGAAGCCUCCAACCGCGAGCAAUGCUGUAUUCGGCGAAACCAGACCGCAACAGCCGCCUCCGGCAAGAAAUAAACCUCCACCGCCCCAGCAGGGCUUCUUUCGAACGAUGGCGAAUCUGACCGGCAUCCAGUCCGCUCUCCAUCUUCCAAGCACGUUGACCGUAGAGGAGCCUCCGGUCGACCCGACGAUACGUGAUUACGAUAAUCUGUUCCGCAUCUUCUACAACCACUCUCCUCUUCUCAAUUCUGUCAACAUCGCGUCUGCUUAUUCCGAAUGUAAGUCGCUGCUUACCCUGGCGGACAUGUACGACGCCCUUCCCGUGGUCGGCCCCCGUGUCGAUCACCAUCUGUUACGAUUCUCCUCGCGGUUAUAUAAACAAAUCGCGAAAUACCCACCAAGCUACCUUAAGCUUGGCUACCUGGCGCGUAGCCGAGUCAUCUUCGCAGAGGCCCUUAUCCACGUCGUCGGUCAAUGGCCGGCGGCGCUCCCGUACCUUGGCCCCAAUUCCUAUGCUCCACUUCCCGAUCCAGUUUUAGAUCUGAUUGAGGAUAAAGUCGACGACCUGGAGGACAUGAUUGCGCGAACAGAAGGCAAGCUCUUCCGCCUUACCCUGACCACAUCCAGGGGUGAACGCGUUAGCCCCAACAACGCGUACUUGGAUUGGCUGGCCGUCUCGUUGUUCCGCCAAUUCCUGGUCGAAAACACCACUCCGCCACCUGCGUCGAUAUUGAAGAACUCGUCCUCUCAGCAAACCCGCAACAUCCACAGCUCUGGCUCAACAGGCUCCAAUCCUACCAGUCGCCAGAACAAUUCCGCAACCAAUACGCCUGCCGGUGGUGGCACUGCCAACCGCCCUGCACCGCCGCCAUUCUCCAUCGGCCGCACUUAUCGCCUGCUCGGCUCAUCUAACUCCCAGGCUUACCUCCCACAUGACGAACUCAAACGCUUCCUUAAACUGCACCCGUCAUCUGACUCUCUCUACUCGCGCGAGAAUUUCAAGCGUUUUGAGCGGAAGAUGGACGAGAUUAAGCGGCUUGCCAGGGAGAUAGUGAAACCCUUGAUGCGGAACUUCCUCGAACUGGAUUUGAGAGGUGGCAGCGAUGACGAUUCCUCUUCCCAUGGCUCGCUUUUACCUUACUUGACGUGCACGAGAGUCGAACAAGCUGAUUUCCCAUGGGAUUAAAGCCACAGCUCUCUCUUCUCUUCCCCCCCCCUUGGGAUACCUUUUUUUUUUUCAUGCCGCCACGCUGCCUCGAUCGGUGGAAGGCUGCUUUUGAUUAGAAACGCGAUUCGGAUUGACGAAAGACAUGCUGGUAUAUAUAACCUAUGAAUGCCUCCGCCAUAUUAUAGGACAUCAUUUUUUGGUGUUUUUCCCCUCUAUUCUGCUCCGUGAGGAUGAUGGUUUGGCCAUUUUAUGCGAAACAUUCAUGAAUCUUAUGACUUGAAAUGACGACUACGUACUUGUUUUGUGAUUUGUAUUUGCUCUUCUUUGUUUCUCUUACUUCUCUGAUAUCCCCAUUUGUACUUCUUUUCCUAUUCUUUUGAAUACCCUAAAAGUGAGUUCUUUAGGAGUGUUGAAUCGCAAUGCUCCCUGGCUUUUAGGAGUUGUUGAUAUGUGUCUGGUGAUGAUUGCAUGCAACCCAUGCUUAUCUUGGACGCCUAGUGAGAUGACUGCCUUUUUACCAUUUAGCUUUAUUUAUUUAAUAAGCCCUUUUCGUGUACUAAUUCCUGUCAUGAUUUCUACCUAGUUGGCUGAAAUAAGAUAUUCCGGAUAAUUUUUCAG